AUGGGUCUUUUUCAUGGAUUAUUACUACUACUAGGUUUGGUUUUGAAUUUGGCGUUUCUCUCUAAUGGAGGUACUACUAGUGUUUUUGUUAGGAAUGUUGAGAAGGCCGUUGAUAUGCCACUUGAUAGCGAUGUUUUUGCUGUUCCUUCUGGGUAUAAUGCUCCCCAACAGGUUCAUAUAACACAAGGUGAUCUUGUGGGGAAAGCGGUUAUUGUUUCGUGGGUGACUGAGGAUGAACCGGGGUCGAGUGCUGUGCGUUACUGGCGUGAGAGUAGCAAGCAAAAGAAGCUUGCUAAAGGGAAAUUUGUUACUUAUAGCUUCUUCAAUUAUACAUCUGGUUUUAUUCAUCAUGCUACUAUAAGGAAUUUGGAGUAUGAUACAAAAUAUUAUUAUGAGGUUGGACUUGAAAACACAACAAGGAAGUUUUGGUUUACAACUCCUCCAGAAAUUGGUCCUGAUGUUCCAUACACAUUUGGUCUCAUAGGGGAUCUUGGUCAGAGCUUUGAUUCAAACAAGACACUUUCUCAUUAUGAAUUGAACACGAGAAAAGGGCAAACAGUGUUGUUUGUUGGAGAUCUUUCUUAUGCAGAUAACUACCCGAAUCAUGACAAUGUUAGGUGGGAUACUUGGGGAAGGUUUGCAGAGAGGAGUGUUGCUUAUCAACCCUGGAUAUGGACCGUUGGAAACCAUGAAAUUGAUUUUGCUCCGGAAAUUGGAGAAACAAAACCAUUCAAGCCUUUUUCUCACCGAUACCGUACUCCUUAUAAAGCAUCACAAAGUACUUCACCCUUUUGGUAUUCUAUCAAAAGAGCUUCAGCACACAUCAUUGUCUUGGCCUCAUAUUCAGCAUACGGAAAAUAUACACCGCAAUACAAAUGGCUUGAACAGGAGCUACCAAAAGUUAACAGAACAGAAACUCCUUGGUUGAUUGUUCUCAUGCAUUCACCUUGGUAUAAUAGCUACAACUAUCAUUAUAUGGAAGGUGAAACAAUGAGAGUAAUGUACGAGCCAUGGUUUGUUAAGUACAAAGUUGAUGUUGUGUAUGCUGGCCAUGUCCAUGCCUAUGAACGUUCUGAACGUGUCUCGAAUGUUGCGUAUAAUAUUGUAAAUGGUAUUUGCACUCCUAUAAAAGAUGAAUCAGCUCCUGUAUACAUAACCAUUGGAGAUGGAGGGAACCUUGAAGGCUUAGCAACCAACAUGACAGAACCACAACCAGCUUACUCAGCAUUCAGAGAAGCCAGUUUUGGACAUGCCAUAUUUGAUAUAAAGAACAGAACACAUGCUCACUAUAGCUGGCACAGGAAUCAAGAUGGUGAAAAUGUUGAGGGUGAUUCUCUUUGGUUUUUCAAUAGAUUUUGGAACCCGGUUGAUGAUUCCUCAGCUCAUGUUUCCCAUUAA